AUACAGAUGCUGAAGAUGUUCAUGAUAAAUUAAGAAAACCUGCAGAUUGUGAUGUUUUGUUCCGUUGCUUUUGAGUUUUCUAUAUAUGCAGAAACUACUGAUUGGCACUGUGCCACAUAAUGUAUGUGAUCAACAUGUAGAAUGUGAACAGUACUAUUGAGAAAUAUUAAUGAAAAGUACUUGGGACAUUGCAAAAUGACUUCACAUCCAUUAACAACACACGCUGUAACAUUUACAUCAAAGAUCAGAAAUCUGCGGGAUUAUCAUUACAGUGUCUCUAACAAUUUGACACCGCAACCUACAGGUGUUGAUAUCGCUAACACCCUAAAAUAUUUCUCACAAACACUGCUCAGUAUUCUGAAGGAUGUACCUAACAUACCAGCAGAGAGCUAUGGCCCAGGUCAAAGAGACAGUGUCCGUCUGUCUGUAUUCCCAAAUAAUAACUAUUCUGGACUGUACAAGGCCUCCUUAAAUAUGAUAGACCUAGUUCCAGUCAUUCAAAUUGGACAGUUAGAGCUGGGUGAAGCAGUACUAAAUGUUCUUGGCUGUCUGGUUCCAUUCCUAGAAAAUGACCUACUGGAUUCCCUUCCCUACACAGUGGCCUCAACACUCGCAAUAUUUCCUCCAACAUUACACAAAGAUACCAUUGAUUUACUGUGUAGCAACUUACUUCCAAUGACACUGGGUUUUGAAGGUUGUUCGGAGCCGACGUAUGCCAGUGAAUCGGCUGCUGCUAUAAUUACUAUGGUGUUUCAACAUACAGAUAAUGGAUCAUACCAUUCCCAAAUUUUGGAGUGUUUUAUGAGUCUAAAGAAAGAUAUCAUCAAAGACGUACUAAGCAUUAUUGCAUAUGGACCACCAUCAGCCCGGGCACCAGCCGCAAACCUUCUCUUCUAUUACUGGCCGCAGCUGAACCCUUCUCUAUCAGAUAGGCGUGGUAUUCAUUAUAAAUACAGUGCUUGGCCCCCAGUGCUGUGUCAACGUGAAGACUGUGUCAAUUCAGGCAAAUGUCAAGCUGUCAAGAUGUGUUUGAAUCCAUCAUUAGCAAUCCAGUCACGUGACAAACCUCCACCUCUAUACAUCUGUAGUGAUUGUGCGGAGGUGUUGAAGAAGGAACAUAGUGACUAUAUGAUGGAUAUACUGCUGCCAAUGUCACAUGUAUCACAGAAAUGUGAAAAUAAGAGUUGUAAAUCAAUUCGGACAAACACGGCAAUCUCGACUUGUUUCUCUAUUGAAUGUGCGAGCGUGAAUGGUAACCGCCCAAUCCGAUACUGUCACAACUGUAAUAAAGAGAGGCACAGUGGGAAGAAAGGUUCGAAUCAUGUGUACCAUCAGAAUAUAGAGCUGAUUUGGUCGUGUACACCAGAGAUACAGAGAUACCUUAUGGAUGCUAUCAUUGCGUUAUUAAAAGAGGCCCAACCACUGGAGUCUAAGCGUACAGUGGAGAUGGGAGGGGAGGAACAUAGACAUCGUCAUGGCGAUGAUGAUGUUUUAUUUGAGGUGGAGGAAGCCGGAGAGAGAAAAAUGCUGAGCAGAUAUGGUAUCUGGUUACUGGUUGAACUCUGCACACCAAAGGAAGAUAUUCCAAUUGAGAUACUGGGACGUUUGUUGGGGAUGUUGUUCCAGUGGUUUGAUGCGACAGCAUAUCUUCCUGAUGAUAAUGUUGGCAAUGCUUUAGAGAGGUUAAAACCAGAGUACAUCUGUAAAUGGUUAAAAGAAGUAAACAAGACACACUUUGAAGUUGUGGUUUCCUGUUUGUUACCCCACCCAGUGGAAUAUGCUAGAGUUGGAGGUUUCUGGGACACAUUAGCAACACGAACCACUCAGAUCAAGGAAGGUCUAAACUGCUUCUUCUGUUUGGUCCCCUAUGAUAUCAUCUCAUAUCAGAUUUGGGACUAUGUUAUACCAUACUGGAUGGAAGCUAUCAGAACUGAGGUGCCCACAGAAGAUCUUCACCUGCUUAAAGUUCUACUAAGUAAAGCAUUUGACAUAGAUAUGUGUCCUCUACCAUUUAUGUUGGACAAGAUGUACCAUUUUGUUGAGGUGAGAUUUGCUGAUGCCAGUGCAUAUGUACAAGAACAAGCUCUACAGUGGUUACAGAUUUUAUCUGGUCUAGAGAUAGUUAUACCCCUUCAUACCCUCUUCUCCAUGGUAAAGCUAGGCGUAAAACAUCUACAGAUGAUUGAUAUGGACCAUGAAACUGAGGCCCCUGAGCCCAAUCUUGCCCGGGCUUCACCCACAGGUGAUAUACCACCUCCUCUGAGCCCAAACAAAGAAGAUCCGAUAGUUGUAGAAAGUUUUGAGAUCUAUGAAAGAGAGACAGAAAUUAUUCUACCAUGCUAUAUAAUGAUGAUGGAUCUAGCUCUUAAACAACUUGAGUUACAAGAGAGCCCUAGACAUCUAGGUAUUUAUAAUGAGACAAGUAAAGAGCUUAUGUCCUUGUUAACAACUAUGCUGUCUAAACAAUGGGACGGUACCCACACCUGCGUGGAGGACAAGGAAACCGUCAAUUGUCAGUUUUGUCAGAAUAUAGCUCUGUGGCAUCAGAUGGCAAGCAACGUCAUGCAACUAUUCAGUCCAAGAGACCCAUGUAAGAUACCCAAUAAAGACAUACCAAGAGUUGAGGAUUUGUCAGGCUCUGUGGCUGCAAGCAAAGAUUCUUCUUCCAGUGGUGAGACACGUGAUGUAUGUGGAAGUUUAGAGAUACCGGAUGUUUGUUAUGACACCUCACAGAUGCCCAUUCACCUUCAACUCUUCAAUGCACUUACACAGGAGUUUACCACAUUGAAGGACAUAGAUGCUCUUCACUCACUACUAUUGUCAAUGAAUUAUCUUAUACUGCAUGGUGAAUGUCUCAACUACUCUGUCAACCAAUACCCAGAAUUCCUCAAAUUCUGUCUAGCCAGGAAGCUUCUACCAAAUUUAUGGCAUAAGUUACAAGCCAAGCACUCACAGGUGGCGGCCGAGUGUGUCCCACUAAUGUUACAUUGUCUGACACUACCCACAGGGGCUGACAUGCUGUGGAAAAUUGUGGAGGAAAACUUUAGUAGUGAUGACUGGAAAGAAAGAUUUGCUGCAGUUGAGAAAGCGACAGUUCUAGCAAGAUUCAUGGAGAGUGAUUCAGUGAUGCAUAACAAGACAAUUAAAACAGCAUUUGCCCACAUAUUUUGUCUGUUACUGGGGUCACUAGAGGAUAUUAAUGCUGCUGUCAGUCAGAGAGCUAUACAAUACCUAGAAACCAUCAAGGCCAGUUCUAUCAAGUGUAUCUGUCAGUGUCUGGAGUUUCAAUUUGAUGCUGUAAUCAGUGAUAGAGCUAUGAUUCUACACAACAUGCAUCUCCUCUCCAAUAUCCUACCAGAACACAAUAUACUUAGCUGGGAAUUCUUCUUGGCUAGAUUUGACAGUCUGUCCCUCGAGGCUCAGAUUGAUCUAGAAAGCACUGGAGACUUGAGCUACCCAACAGAAGAAUUGGCUUUGUCCAUUAAUUUCAUAGAUUUGACCAGUAGUGAUAGGGAGAGUGAGCACUUCUUGAGAAAAUUGAAUCGUGCAAGAUUUGCACUGGCACGGACAGACAGUAUACGAUCUGUAAGCAAGAGUUUAGGUGGUAAACCUCCGUACCGAAGAGCUGUGUCAGUACCAAUACACUUGCUUACAAAGUCUCCCAUCAAAGAUAAAGACAAGGAUAAAUCUUGUAUCAGACAGCAGUCAGCACCUCAGUUUAGAUUAAACCGACAAGGAACAUCAAAGUUUAAUCUUGGAAAUCUGACUAAUUCAGUGUUCCAAGGUGGAUACUUGAAGGAGUUUACAGAUGAGGAGAGUAAUUUUGCUGCACUAUUACAGCGUGCCAUGGACCUAGAGGGUGUUGAUAGGGAGACUGUACAUCAAUUAGUGGCUCUAUUAAUGAAGUAUAUGAUCAAAUGUGAGCAGGAGAUAAUCUCCGAUGAGGAUCAGAAAGCAGAGAACAUAGUGCUGAGACAUCUAAAUGUGUUGCUAGGCUACAACCAGUCAGAAAAGUCUUUUAGUGUACCACCCUACAAACUCAGAACAUCAGCUGUGUUCAAUUCCUACCUGAGUGGAACACCUUUUGUCUUGGAUAGAAAUUUUGAGCUUGGAAACAAGAUUCUGCCUAUAACAUUACUACUGCUACAGUAUGGACCUUCCCCACAGAGAUAUGCGAGUGAUUAUCAACCUCCUAACUAUACACUGUGGUAUCUGGAACCUCAUACCAGGAUAUCAUGGUUACAUACAUUACUUGUUAUAUUGUACAAGUAUCAGAUCAGCACAUCACCAGUAUCAGCUAUUGUACAGACAUUAGUAAGAAUUGUAGUGAACACAAUAGAAGCCCAGCAUCAUCAUUGUAAGAUCCUACCUGAUGAUGUCAUGCCUCCUGCUAGUCCUAACAUGCCCAGGAGUAAAGAUUCAGCAAAGAUCAGUGUAAAUGAUCUUGAGAACAUUCUUGAGACAGAAACCCCGCCCCAGAGUCCCUCCCCAACAGCUGUUAACGAAGAUGUAUUUAUAGAGAUGGUGCGAGACACCGGUACGACCACCGUAAAGUACCACAAGUCUGGUACAACCAAAGACGACACUAGCAAAGAGGGGUCCUCAUCUACAGACAAAGAAUCUUCAAAGAUUGGAAGUAGGAAAAUAUCACCAAUAUCUUUACAGCAUGUAUCAGAAACACCGAUUAGAAAGACAAAACAGCGUAAAGAACACCCGCCUCGUAAACUUGUACACUACCUGGAGAAUGAGACAGAAGAUUCUUCUGACCAACAUAGUGAAACACAGGGGGCUACUGGAGGAAAGCCUAAAAAACCAUUGACAGUAGAGAAGAAGAUGGUUCAACAAUUAGAGGAGUUUGACCUACAUGCGGAUAAUAAACCAGGGGCUGGGGUUGUAAAGACAGCUCUUAGACAUGUGAGUAGCCAUGAACCUGACAUGUUGAGUAGUAAAGAAGGAACCAGUAUAUCUGAGACCAGUAAAGAUGGACUGAUGUCCGAGGAUCCGGAAAGUGCCGAGGAAAGUGAGAAAACACAGACUACAUCUGAUGCCGAUUCUCCUGGUGGAUCCAGGAAAAAUUCUGUCAAAGAAUCAAGAAAGUCUACAAGCCCAAGAAGUAAAGGUGGGAUAAAACCAAACUUCAGACAGAGGAAAUCUAGAAAGACAGGAUUAUCUACUAUAGAGUUACAGAAGAAAUUUCCUGAGUUGGCCUCUGAUAGUCCCGAUACUGACAAAUCUUCUAGAUCUGAAAAUAGGAAAAUGCGGAAAAGCGACCUUCUUGCUAAACCACCAGCAAAGAAACCUGUACCAAAAACCGUCACAGUGAGAAUGCUAUGGUUGAAAGAUAGAAAAUGCCGACAAUCAAGAAAGUCUACAAGCCCAAGAAGUAAAGGAGGGAUAAAACCAAACUUCAGACAGAGGAAAUCUAGAAAGACAGGAUUAUCUACUAUAGAGUUACAGAAGAAAUUUCCUGAGUUGGCCUCUGAUAGUCCAGAUACUGAUAAAUCUUCUAGAUCUGAAAAUAGGAAAAUGCGGAAGAGUGACCUUCUAGCUAAACCACCAGCAAAGAAACCAGUACCAAACCGUCACAGUGAGAAUGCGAUGGUUGAAAGAUGCCAGGAUUGUAACGCUAUACUAGAGCAGUAUGAUGAUGAGAUCAUAGGUCUGAGUGUCGUCGUCCUGGCAACCUACAUCCAUAGAGAACCAUCUCUAGCCACGCCUAUGCUGCUAGAGAGCUUAAUUGCUGUGUCAAGGAUUGCAUGUAGCAGUCCGUAUGCAUGGCAGAUGGAGACAAAUGUUCUAGUACCGGGUAACAGUUUAAGCAUAGCACGUCAGUUUAUACGAUGUUGUCUACACCAGCUAGCUCCUAAUGGAAUAUUUCCUAUGCUGUUCCAGAGUAGCUUUGAUGACAGUCAGUUUUGGAAGACAAUGGCAGCUGCUCUGGUUGAUUUUACUGAGCUUCCGUGUCAUGCUGCUAUACACUUUCUCCUUGAGGGUUUAAACAACAUGAGAACAUUGUGUACAGACAACAUUCAGCUGUUGCUUGAUAACCUAGCAACAUACAUGAAUUCUAUCUCCCUGGAAACCAGUGCCACCAUGUGGGCAAAUAUUCUAAACCAGUUUGAUGUGUUUUUCCGUCGGCUGUCGGAGAUUCUACCAGUACCAUGUGACAUGACGUCAGUUCUAAAAAUAAUCACAUGUCUACUGAAAGUAAAUGGCAUCAAUAAUGCAAAGCACAUUCUUGAACCAUUUUCUAAGCUGUUAUGUAUUGCUGUGACAUCUUGCAGCUUUCACCUACACCAGGUCCUGGACAUCUGUUCAUUGUGUAAUAGAAUCUUUACCAGGGAGAGGGAUAAGCUGUAUUUAACAAGGAUAGUGAUCUUUCAGCUUGUACAAGCACUGAAAUAUAAAACCAGUUUGCCAGAUGAGAACUUCUUACUGCUAGUACAGUUUGUAGUACUGGAUGCUGGUGGUACUAUUGGGAGCUCUAACAUUAUUGGUGAGCUAGGUAUGUUGUAUCAUACACAUGCACAUACAUUGAUGUCUACAUACGCUGCUGAAUGUAUGAGACAGUAUCUCAGUGAUUGUGUAGAAUUCAUCAGUGAUCUACAUACUAUCUCGAAAGUCAAGACAAACAUGAAGGGUGGUUGUAACAGUAUGAAUGAGGAUACACUAGGCAGUCUGAUCAAGUCGGGUGUGGCCCAGUAUGUUGCCCUAGAGAUAACACGUGGUAAUGGUCGAGAUAACAGAGCUAUAGCCAGAUAUCUACCUUGGCUGUAUCAUCCACCAUCUACCACACAACAGGGACCAAAGGAGUUUACAGACUGUAUAGGACAUAUUCGGUUGAUGUCAUGGCUUCUGAUUGGAACAUUGACACACACAGCCAUGACUGAAGGUGCUGCAUGCAUUACCUGUAUGCCGUUCCCGCUUGAUGCCAGCACAUUCAUCGCAGAACAUGUUCUCGUCAUUAUGACAGGCUUUGCUGAACAGUCUAAUUCAUCAGUGCUGAAUAUGAGUUCCCUCUUCCAUGCUUUCUUCCUAUGUCAGUUAUGGACCAUGUACUGUGAAAGUACUGCUGCGAUGUAUAACACCAACUCGGAGCAGCAUAUAGCAGCCUCGUCAAUGGUGAUGGAUUUCUGGGCCCGUGUUACACCUGGAAUUCUUCAACUCCUUUCACAUUCAAAAGUUGAUAAAUCAACAUUGGAGUUGGCUGAAAUGGUGAAUCUUCAUUUCCUCAGUUUAAUGGAAGCUCUUCAGGAGUGUAACUCCAGUGUUCUGGCUAAGCUGUUUCCAAUGUGGACAUCUAUACUGUAUGCUUAUCAUGGACAGCUACCAGGUCAUCUACAAGUACGUCUGCAGGCAGUUCAGAACUGGCAACCACCGUCACCAUCAACUGAACAGACGUGUAUCAACUCAAAUAUUCUUCUAACAUGGCUGAAACGUAUUCAGUUCAAACUAGGUCAGAUUGAAGUACAGUCGUCUGCUGCUACACAGUUCUACACAGUGUGAAGCAGAAACAUGUAGAUGAUAUAGCUGCAACAGUUUAAUAUAUGACUAUGAUUUAUGACUGGAUUUUCUUCUUUGUCAAAAGCAGAACUGUGGCUUAUAUAUGAUUUAAUUUAGUUCAGUCUUGUAAAUAGGUUUCUAGGUUGUAACAAUGACACUACGUCUAUGUAAUAUUUAAGGAGUUGAACUGUAUUUGACUGAGAUGUGUUUAAUCAAAAUGUACAUGUAUAUAAUAGUAUGUAGAGUUUAGUAGCUCAUAUAAUUGUAUAAAAUGACACCAUGGGUUUUUAUUUAUUUAUAAAGGUACUUAUAAUGGGAUAAAGAAAGAGGGUUGUCACUUACAUGUAUUACCCAGAAAAAUGAAUGGUAGAAAAAUUCAAGUUAUAACUGAUUAUUAUAUUCACAAUCGGGGUAAUCAAAAAUUUAAAGUAUAUCCAUUUUUCAGUAAGUUUACUAAAAUUAUAUUUAUCAAGACUGGAACUAAUUAUAUACAUGACUGUCAAACAGUAUUAGAUGUCAAAAUUGUGAGACCUGUUGAAUCUCAUUUUCUUUUUUUUUCAAAAUAUUAUUUGAAUGUGUAAAUAGCUUUCAUUUACCAAAUGAAUGUCUGAGGGAAGAUUGCAUAAAUACAAAUAUAUGCAUUCAUUUAUGUUUUAGUUAUUUCCAUCUCAAUCAUUCUUUUUUUCUGAAAAGAGUUAUAAAAGUAUUAUAGUUUUAAGAUUAAAUGCCGUUCGAUGUUGUUUCUUGUAAAAAAUAAACAAUUUUAAAACACAAUCCCUGUUCAAAUUGAUUUGAUAAAUUUAUGAACAGGAGACUUUUGGUUUUGUUUUGCAAAUGCAUAAGUUCUUUUCUUUUUUUUAGCUCACCUGUCACAAAGUGACAGGGUGAGCUUUUGUGAUCGCUUUUCGUCCGGCGUCCGUCCGUCCGUCGUCCGUCCGUCCGUAAACUUUUGCAUUAAAUGACAUCUCCUCAUAAACCACUGAGUCAAUUUCAUCCAAACUUCACAGGAAUGUUCCUUUGGUGGUCACCUUUAAAAAUUGUUCAAAGAAUUUAAUUCCGUGCAGAACUCUGGUUGCCAUGGCAACCGAAAGAAAAAUCUUUAAAUAUCUUCUUUUAAACAACCCUAAGAGCUAGCGCUUAGAUAUUUGGCAUGAAACAUCUUCUAGUGAGUGUCUACCAAGUUUGUUCAAAUAAAAGCCCUGGGGUCAAAAUUGGUCCCGCCCCAGGGGGUCAUUGAUUUUCCCUAUAUGCAUAUAGUAAAAACUUAAAAAAUCUUCUUUUAAAGAACCCAAAGAGCUAGAGCUAAGAUAUUUAGCAUGAAACAUCUUCUAGUGAGUGUCUACCAAGUUUGUUCAAAUAAAAGCCCUGGGGUCAAAAUUGGCCCCGCCCCAGGGGGUCAUAGAUUUUCCCUAUAUGCAUAUAGUAAAAACUUAAAAAAUCUUCUUUUAAAGAACCUAAAGAGCUAGAGCUAAGAUAUUUGGCAUUAAACAUCUUCUAGUGAGUGUCUACCGAGUUUGUUCAAAUAAAAGCCCUGGGGUCAAAAUUGGCCCCGCCCCAGGGGGUCAUUGAUUUUCCCUAUA